AUGAGAUUGCUGAACGCCAGUACAUACGAGUUUCACGUCGUUCUUGGUCCGAGAAAACCGAAGUACGCAAUACUAUCGCAUACGUGGGAAAACGAUGAGGUGCUGUACGAGGAUAUGCGGGAUACACCAAAGUCUGACUGGAGUGCAAAGAAAGGUUACUUCAAGAUCAAGAAAGCAUGUGCGCAAGCCUUGCAAGACGGAUGCGAUUUUGUAUGGAUUGAUACUUGCAAUAUCAACAAAGACAGUAGUGCCGAGCUCUCAGAGGCCAUCAACUCUAUGUUCAGAUGGUACAGAGACGCCACUAUCUGCUACGCCUACAUCUCUGACAGCGUAACUGGAGACGACGAGUCUUUUUCCCAAUGUCGAUGGCUCACUCGAGGCUGGACACUCCAGGAGAUGAUUGCCCCUGAUCGUGUGCAUUUUUAUGACAUGAACUGGAGUUUUCUAGGCAGCCGCAUUUCUCUUGCGACACACCUUCUUUCACCAGCUACUGGAAUCCACACAGCUGUACUGUUACGGAGACAUCGGCCUCAUGUGGAAUCAAUGCUUGAGAAGUUCAGCGUAGCGCAAAAGAUGAAGUGGGCUUCGAAACGAACUACCACACGUGAGGAAGAUAUAGCUUACUGCCUCAUGGGGCUGUUCGACGUGAACAUGCCUUUGUUGUAUGGCGAAGGUAGUAAAGCUUUCUAUCGACUACAGCAGGCUAUCCUUGCAAUAUC